UGCGGUGUGAUGAACUAGACGUGGAUUUUUCUACCGGGUCUUAUAAUCGUGUUCCUUCGACCUUCGUCGCCGCGAUGUGUGCCGGUGUCGGCUUUGUCCGAUGCAUCAGACUGGACCAGUUCGUGGCAAGACGACUGCUGCCGUGUUAUCGGAUUCGCGUAGCAGUUCGUUGACUGAACAAAGCCGGCUGCCGUUGCAUUGACUGUGCACCAACGAGAUAUCCUCGUGGAGCUUUGUAUGAAAUUCGAAAACGAGUCGCGAGCGAACUGUCUACGCGAGAGGGCGCCAUUAUAAGAAACUACUAGCGUACGAGGAGAAUCAAGGAAUUGAUUAAUAGAGUUACGAUAUACCGUAGUAAAGAAGCCAAGCGAAAUACUCCGAGAACUGCCAAAUCGUCCCCGAUAUCCCGUUCCGUAUCGUCGUAAAACUUUCGAAACUUUUCCUCGUGGAAGCUGUACAAAGGAUGGUGAGGAAUAGCGGUCGCUAGAUCCCCGGAAGCUGCUCGUGUUCUCAGGGGUGGCAAUAGGUAUAAUCGUAGCCACGCCGCCGAUGCUUCCCUCAAAAUCAUUCACCGACGUCGACUCGAGCUCGUCGUUCACUGGACGAACGACGACGACGACGACGACGGCGACUAGCGCGACACUAUCGUGGAACGACGACUUCCGGGUGACGCGGAAGCUCGUUGCCGGCCAAGCACGUCCUCGAGGAUGGAACUGAGAGCCUUGCAGUCGAUCAGCGCGCUAGCACCGAUCUUUCGUGAGUUCACGGUGAAUCGUUGGACGAACGAGACGAGGCAACCGAGGGUGAACGGUAGUGGGUCGUACUGGGAGUCGGGUGUGGAUAAAGAGCGUGGAGAGACUAAGAGUAGGUACAGUGGAGAGGAAUUUUGGAGAUCGAAGGAGAGAGGAGCGAGAGAUAACGAGGAGAAGACGCGAGAGGGUUUCCGUCGCGAGAAGGAAAAGGUGGCCGAGGCUGGAGCAGGGAUAGAGAGCGCGAAAAGGCAAGGGUGUCACGAGAAGGAGGCGAAGGUGAUAAGGAAUAUAGCGAGAAGGAAAGAUAAGAAGGACAGAGAAGACGAGAUCAAAGGGUUUACAGUCGUAGUGCGAGAGGGAAGAGAAGAAGAGGGACGUCCCUUGGCAGGAGGGCCCCACAGAUGCGGGGCCCGGAGGGGCCAGUCCGCGGCGGCGUGACGCGAUGCGGACGUCCUCCUCCUCGUCUGCGAGGAAGAGGAAGAGGAAAGACCUCUCGCCUCUCGACCCUAUCGAAAGGCUGCCUCCCUUGGACAAUAGUUCCGGCCUGUCGUUUGUCUUGCACGAUGCUCACGAUGAGUGCGUCGACGCUGUCUUCCACCGUGCUCCGGUGUACCAGCGGUGCCUUUGGCCGGAAGCCGCAGCCGAUUGCGAGAAGCGUCGGGCGCCUGCCCGGUUCGAGGUUCGUUCGUCGGACGACCAGGUCGUGGCGAACGAGACGGGGUCGUGGGAUGUUCGCAAUGGCGACGGGAACGCGAGGAAGAACGACGUGGUUGGAAAAAGAGGCGAGUGGAGGGAAGGAAUCGUACAGACGCGUCACGAGAACAGGGCAGACAGGUCGAAAAAGUGUUUGGCUACGAUCGUCGUGUUCCUCGGGCUGUUGUGCGGACAUUGGUGCUCCGGUGGGGCGGAGGCACUCGCCGGUAGCCAGAAGUACAGCACGAGAACGGUCAGGACCAGGUACGGCACUCUACGCGGCGUCGAGGACCGAUCGUCGUCGUCCGUUGAGACUUAUUACGGGGUGCCAUACGCCACGCCGCCAGUUGGAGCGUUGCGAUACAUGCCACCAGUUACGCCGACACCGUGGCGCGGUACCAAGCUGGCGGACACCAUGCCACCCGCGUGUCCCCAGAAGCCACCGGAACCGGACUCCAGUCUGCCCAGGUCCAAACGCGCUUACCUCGAGAGGCUAGCGCCGUUCCUGGCCAACCAGAGCGAAGACUGCCUAUACUUGAACCUCUACGUGCCCAAGCCUCCUCACGGUAGUAUCCCAGACUUAAUGCCAGCCCUUCUUCUAAUUCACGGUGAUUCCUAUUCUUGGGGCGCUGGAAAUGCCUUCGACGGCACUGCGUUGGCUACUUAUGGUCGUCUUAUCGUUGUUUCCAUUAAUUUUCGUCUCGGCGUACUCGGCUUUCUCAAAACAGGCCCGAAAGGGAGCGCGCAAGGAAAUUACGGGUUGAUGGACCUGGUGGCAGGUCUUCACUGGUUACACGAGAAUCUCGGCGCUUUUGGCGGCAACCCCGAUCAACUGACGCUCUUUGGCCACGGAACAGGAGCAGCCCUCGCCAAUUUUUUAGCCGUCUCACCCAUGGCGAAAGAGCUGGUCGAGAGAGUGGUUUUACUCGGGGGUUCUGCCCUGUCACCCUGGGCUAUACAGCGUGAUCCGUUCAUGGUGAAACGUCGCGUCGCCGAGCAGACCGGAUGUUCCGAUGACGUGGAGGCUGACGAUAUCGCACCGUGCCUUCGUUUGCGGAGCCUGGAAGAGCUUCUCGCUGUGCAGUUGGAUCCGCCGAGAUUCACUUCUGGAUUUGCUCCCUUCGUCGAUGGGGCGGUCAUGCCUCCGCCGAUCAAUCAGAAUUUCCAGCCCACCGCCUCGUCGUCGGGUCUGAUGCCCCUGGUGCCGGGGCCAGGUACAGAGUUCGCCAAUUUCGGCGAUCGGGACCUGCUGCUCGGUUUGACGUCCGAGGAAGCCUGGGUGAACCUCACCGACGAGGAUCUACAGAACGGUCUGAACGAGACCAGGAGGGAUCGUAUCUUGCGCACCUACGUGCGUAACACCUAUCGCUACCACCUUCACGAGAUCUACUCGACCCUCCGCAACGAGUACACGGACUGGGAGCGAGGCGAGCAGAGUCCAUCGGCGAUCUGCGAGGGCCUGUUGUCCCUGCUCGGCGACGGCCAGGUCGCCGCUCCUCUUCUUAGGCUAGCACUGCUGCACUCGGCUUCCGGUGGACGCGGCUACUUCCUGCACUUCCAGCUAGGUGACCGGCCGAGCCAGAGAGGCGAGGAGGUACCCUAUCUCCUGGGUAUACCUCUUCUUCGCGGAGACGCGUCUGCCUCUCUAUCCCACGCCAACUACACUAUAGCCGAUGAGAACCUGUCCAAACUGCUGGUCCACUACUUGGCGAACUUCGUGAGACGCGGGGACCCGAACGGCGUCAACCCGCUGAAAUCGGGAUCCGACGGGCUUCCGACCAGCCCGCCGUUCUGGGAUUCGUACGAUUCAAUAAAUCAGCUGUACCUAGAGGCCGGUCGUAGCACGGAAAUGCGGUCGCAUUACAGGGGCCACAAGAUGUCCCUGUGGCUGAAUCUGUUGCCGCAGCUGCAUCGACCUGGCUACGAAAUCAGCAUGCGUCACCAUCACCUGGCCGAGAGUUCUAGCCUCUAUGAAGGCGCGGUGCGUCCACAGACUAUGGCGCUUCCGUUGCCGGCGCCGCCGCUUCCGGUGCCCUCUCCCACCGAGCCAUCCUCGAUCUCCAGCGCGAUAUCGACCACCGAGUGCACGCCGAACGCCACGCUCGCCACCACCGUCGCGACCACUAGUAGGACCAUGCAGCACCCCAACCUGGGCCCGGGACCUAACAAUCUUCUCAGAAAGCUAGCCUCUAGCCACUACCAGAGCUACACCACGGCUCUGACAGUCACCAUAGCCGUCGGGGUGUUCUUGCUACUGCUCAACAUCCUCAUCUUCGCCGGCAUCUAUCAUCAGAGGGACAGGAACUCGUCGGGCUCGUCCGGAGGUCUGUCUUCGGCUUUCGGGGACAAGAAGAAGGAAGAGUUGCUGGAAGCGGGCUGCUCGGGUAUCGAGGUAUCCUCUGGCAAGCAGAGGCUGUCUUCCUUAAACCUGAUGGACUCCCCGUCCUCGAGUCCACCGCCUCACAAGGCGAAACUCGCUCAGGAGCUGGAGUUGCAGCUGCAAGAGUUCCAGUGCUCACCGCCACCCGGCGGUGGCAAGAGAGUACUAGAGCCACCAUUGUACACCAGGAGUCCCUGCGUCCAGAGGACACGCACUCCGUCGCCUUGCGUGGACGCGACCACUGCCAGGAUGGACGACGACGACGACGGGGAUAGCAGUAGCGACGACAACGACGACGAGAACCUCCCGGAACCCCCGCCGCCUCCGAAGGCUCCAGCGCCCAACGUGAACCUGUCCUGCCCAGGAAUCCUCAGGCAACCCGGCACACCCGGUAGCGCCAAGAAACGUGUUCAGAUCCAAGAGAUUUCCGUGUGACGAGUAUCUUCUUCCGUAUAAAAUCUGCUCGUCGGUCCUUGGGAUCAUUCGUCAACCUGUCCAGCGAUCCUCGAUCGUUGCUGCCGCUGGCGGUAGCCGAUGAACUUCAGACAGGUCAAAUUCCAGCGAUUAGAGUUCAAAAUCGGAGAAGCUAGAUGCCAACCGCCAGGUCAAGCUGAGGAUUGGAAGUUCCUCGAGAAACCUCCAAGUUCCUACUCUGCGUGGAUCUUGGGAUGGAUGCGUUCGAGGAACAUCGAACGCGAGCCAAUCGUUGGGAGUCUAACUAGUUCAUUCUGUUAUUCUGUCGCUUCGAGGAGUAAGCCUGUAUGUUAAGGCGUUUAGCAUCUGUCUCGGAAGAAACGAUCAGCGGGUUAACGAAGACGCAUAAGACAGAAAAUAAGAGCACAAAUCGAUGGCCUUAAGGGGAGGUUUAUAACGGUGGCAGUCAUCGGAGUCUGUCCCGUGGGAACAAUUGUUCUCGUGGGACUGGACGAAGAUGUUUUCCAGUAUUUCUUACGACUCGAAUGGGAAACGAAGCAGGAGAAAAAUUGGAGCAGCAGAUCUGCCGUUGGAGAAGACUCACUAGCCAGCGAUUCUAUUGAUCGUUGAUCGCGUGAAGAUAUUUCGUACGUUCGAAUUUACCGUAGAUCCAUCGAGCUAAAUAUUAAACGAUCCUUAGCCGGCUCGCUCGAGUCCUCUCGAGGCGAGAGCGAGGUAUCGGGCCGAAGGUUCACCUUAUCGAGCACAUAACGAUACCCUUGUUUAAAGGGGGAGAGAGAAACAAAGGACGCAGGAUUUUUUUAGAGACCUCGGCGAGAAGCAUCGACUCUUUAUCUUCCUUCUUCAGCAGUUGUAUGGGGUGGACGGCGAAGGGCCAUAGAGGGAAAAUAAAAAUAGGGGACGUCUCUCUCGGGAGAGAGAAUGAGAGGAAGAGAGAGAGAGGAAGAGGGGGGAGCGAGAGUCGUGGAGUAGCGGUCGAAUCGUGGCCGGAGGUCGUCGCGACGCUCGACGCCGUGAAACGAGGGGAUUGAUAUAAUCUCAGGAACCCAAAAGACAAGGCGCGCGCCGAGGAAGCCAGGCAGGAUGCCUCGGGCUUCCUUUAUCCGGAUUUGUCG